CACCAAUUUUGUUUUGCUCCACGUUUUAAAGCUGUGCGGUUGAAAAUUUUCGCAUGCGGAAAAGUUGUCAGUAGUAGAGAUUUCAUUUAAAAUUGUAGUAGACAGUGUAACUUCUAGUAGAAAAAAUAUUAAAGGCGCUGCUAUAGUUUCAUUUUUGUCCGACACACGUAAUACACAACAAAGUUAAAUAUAUAAAAUGGUCAAAGAAACUGGUUACUAUGAUCUGCUAGGCGUUAAGCCCAAUGCAACACCCGAUGAGCUGAAGAAGGCUUACAGAAAAUUGGCUCUGAAAUACCAUCCAGACAAGAACCCCAAUGAGGGUGAGAAAUUCAAAGCCAUUUCCCAGGCCUACGAGGUUCUCUCUGAUACGGAUAAGCGUCAGGUGUACGAUGAGGGCGGCGAGGCUGCUAUUAAGAAGGGUGGCGCCGACUCUGGCGAUUUCCGCAAUCCAAUGGACUUCUUUGAGAAAUUCUUUGGUGCAGGCUUUGGCGGUGGCGGCGGUGGUCGUCGUCGCGAACGCAGAGGCAAGGAUGUGGUCCACCAGAUGUCUGUACAGCUGGAAGAACUGUAUAAUGGUGCCACUCGUAAGCUGCAGCUGCAGAAGAAUGUCAUUUGCGACAAAUGCGAGGGUAGAGGCGGCAAGAAAGGUAGCAUUGAAAAGUGUGUGCAGUGCCGCGGUAAUGGUGUAGAAACACGAGUCCAGCAAAUAGCACCGGGCAUUGUGCAACACAUCGAACAGGUGUGCCGGAAGUGCGCUGGCACCGGCGAGACCAUACAAGAGAAGGAUCGUUGUAAGAACUGCAAUGGACGGAAAACAGUGCGCGAGCGCAAGGUGUUGGAGGUGCACAUUGAGAAGGGCAUGCGGGAUGGGCAGAAGAUUGUGUUUACAGGCGAGGGUGACCACGAACCCGAAUCUCAACCGGGUGAUAUCAUUAUUUUGUUGGACGAGAAGGAGCAUUCGACAUUUGUGCAUGCUGGCACAGAUCUAAUGAUUAAAAUGCAGCUGCAGCUGGUGGAGGCCCUGUGCGGCUUCCAACGUAUUGUGAAGACCCUGGACGAUCGUGAUCUAUUGAUUUCGACAACGCCUGGCGAAAUCAUACGGCACGAGAUGACCAAAUGCAUCUCGGAGGAGGGUAUGCCUAUAUUCAAGAAUCCAAUGGAGAAGGGCACACUUAUCAUUCAAUUCGAGGUGAUUUUCCCCGAUGUAAUCAAUCCGUCUGUUGUGCCGACGCUGAAGCAGUGCUUGCCACCGGCACCCGAGGUUGACAUUCCAGUUGAAGCGGAGCAUACAGUCUUGGAGGACUUUGACCCUAAGCAACGUCGCCAGCAACACCAGCGCAUGGCUUACGAUGAGGACGAUGGUGGCUAUCAGGAUGGCCCACGCGUCCAGCAGUGCACAUCAAGUUAAGCGGCUAAACUUACAUUAAAACACACACCUAUCACCAGAAAAUAAUAACCUACGAACUGGACGGUGCGGGACCUCCGAUACUGAUGCGCUCCCUUUACCUCCUACUAUAUAUGUAAACCUUAGAUCCUGCUACACACACACAUUUGUAACUAUCGCCUGCGACGAAGGACCGACGGAAACGGAACAAAACCGAUCAGAAAUAUCCAAUCAACCAAAACAACACCGUGUCCCGUGUUAAAUUCUACUCUUGCUCUUCCUACUCAAAACACACAUAAAACAAAAAAAAUCUAGCAACAGGCUAAAGUUAUUCAAAGAAAACACUACGAUAUUUAGGUAUACAAAAACAAAAGAUAAAAAAAAAACAACUUAUCAAGAUAUAUGAUGGACGCGCACUAUGUCUGUAUAACACAUGGUGGUUUGAUAACUAAGUACAUAUACACAAAUAUUGUUUUAAUUUAGUUUAUGAGUUGGAAUUUACUACGAACAAAAGUAAUGGAUAUAACCGCAAAGCAAGGACCCAGCCGCAGCCUAGAAACGUAUCGAGCAUUGUCGCGUCUAGAAACAAGUUUAAGUUAUUUAAUUCCAGCAUAAAUGAAAGCGUUAGUUUAAACGGAUAUAACAAAUAAAUAAUUAAUACACAAUUUCAAGUCGAA